AUGACCAUGUACAAGAAAUUUAUGAGACUUUGUGAUAUAUGGACGAAAGACCCAUCAAGGAAAAAGGACCUAGGCUUAUUCAUCGAAAGAAAAGUAGCCAAGGCGUUCUCAAAAGGGGAAAAUUCUACUGUGGAUGCAAAGGAGUGUAGUGAAAUGUACGAGGCUUUGGAAAGAAUAGCAAACGAUAGUGCUAUGAAAAAAUACCCACUGGACGACAACGUUAAAUUAUCUGUUAGUGGAUUGGACUUAGAAGGUUGCCACGCAUUAAAUUCGACACAGAGAGAGGAAGAAUACAGAGAGAAACUCAGCACGAAGGUCAACGAAAUGCUACCGUCCUUCCUUAGGAGAGGAUAUAUACCGAAGAAAGAUUAA